AUGUCCUGGACCAGUUCUGAAAAACGGUAUGUCAGCAGUACUGCAUACUACGAAAUGGUUGACAGAGUUAAGAAAAAGUUAUUCAUGGCCUGUAAAGAGACCGAAACCGUUGAAAAAGGUAACGAAAUACUUACCGCGGAUUGCGCAAAAACUGUCAUUGGUUGCAGAAACGGCAACGGACACGCUCCAAAUUAUCAAGAAGAAGGCGAACAAACAUUCACUGAAAAACACACUAUAACGUCAGUAAAAAAAUACAUUGUUUGCCCUGGCAGUUCAGAACUAGAACUAGAAAGUUCUAUCAUAUUGAUUAAUAGUAAUGCUAGUGACGCUUCAGAUGUCGUAAAACAAAAAACCUCAAGAAAGAGAAUAAGGUGCCCUGAAAAUUGGCAAAGAAUUGCAAGGAAAAAAAAAAGAGAAGCUGGGGAAGAAUAUGUUAAUAUUAAAGGAAAAAAAUGUCCAGCGAAACAGGUUCACGCUGGAUGUGACGAAAAGUGCGCAUACAACUGCUCAGCAAAGUUUACAGAACAAGAAAGAGAGGACUUGAAAAAGGCAUUUUAUUCAUUAAACGAUGCCCAGAAAAACAAAUAUUACAACGAAUUUACAUGUAGGGUAUGCUCACAAAGGAAAAGAACAGAAGCAGAAGAAAGCAGAAGAAAGUUCUCAUAUCAGUACUUCUUUUUAAAAAAUGAGCAAAAAGUGAAGGUGUGCCAGAAGUUUUUUUGUGGUACUUUGGAUAUAUCGGCAAAAAGAAUUUAUUAUUUCUACAAAAAACUUCAUAACAACCCAUUGAAAUUAAUUCCCACACCCUCUGAAGGAAAACACAUAAAAAAGCAGACUGCCGAAAACAAAAUAGAAGAAGUAAUACAGCACAUAAAGUCCUUUCCCACACAAGAAUCACAUUUUUGUCGAGCUAACACAAAACGACAGUACCUCGAAAAAAGUCUAUCAAUCGCCAAAAUGUAUUCAUUUUAUGUAGAGUCGACGAAAGAACUAGUGAAAGAAAACAUUUACCGGAAGGUGUUUAACGAAAAAUUCAAUUUAGCGUUUCAUCACCCAAAAAAAGACGCCUGUGAUGCGUGUUCUGAAUUCAAGGCGAUCAAAAUUCCUAAUGCUGAACAAACGAUAAAACACUGCGAACAUAUAAGAAGAAAAGAGGAGGGCAAUAGAGAAAGAGAAAAGGACAGGAAAAUAAAUGAGACAACAGCUGUUGUCACAUUUGAUUUAGAAUACAUUUUUUCUCUUCCAAAAGCCAACAUGUCCUGUUUUUAUUACACGAGUAAAUUAACAGUGUAUAAUUUGACAGCCCACUGCAAUUUGAACAAAUCUGCAACUAACGCAAUGUGGGACGAGACCAAAAACGGAAGGAGCGGUGAUGACCUAGCAAGUGCGUUAGUUAAAAUUCUUAAAUCCGUAGUGGAUAGCUUACCUAUUACAGUUACCAAGCUCAUCUUAUGGUCCGACUCAUGCGUGCCCCAGAACAGAAACUCACAUAUGAGUGUUGCCAUAAUAAAUUUUUUACAGUCACCAGAAGCAAAACAGGUAACCGAAAUUACCCAAAAAUUUUCCGAGCCAGGGUAUGGAAAUGUGCAGGAGGUCGAUGCAGUACACAGUCUCAUUGAACGAAAUCUUCGGCAUCAGGAAAUAUUCAGCCCACUGUCAUUAAUGAGAGCAGUUUUGAAAAUUAAAUCAAAGGCUCUAACAUUUAAGUUCCUUCAGAUGGUCGAUGACGAUUUCCACUGUUACCACGAAGAAGCUGUCAAGUACGGAUUUAACCAAAUACCAUUCUCGAAAGUAAAGACCAUUACUUACAAUAAAUCAAAGUGGAAUAUAUUGCAAUACAAAACCAGUUUCCAAGGGCCCACAACGUCCGUGGACAUCAAUAAAAAAAAGGUUCACAUCUUAAGUGAUGUAACCGUUAAGGCACCAACAAGUACAUUGACACAAAAAAAAAUUCAAGACAUACGUAGCUCAUACAAAUAUAUGCCAGACGAAGAUAAAACAUAUAUGGAGACUAUAAUACUAAAAGCCUUGAAGAAGCCACUCGCUCAGGAAAGACAGAGAAAGGAAAGAAAGCCAGAAAAUACAGUUAAAGCAGGAAAGACAGGAAAAGGUGGAAGUACAAGUAAAUUACGAAAUACAGGAAGAGUGGGUAAGAUAGGGAGAGAAGAAAAUAAAGGAAAAGCAGGUAAGAUAGAAAAAAAAGGAACUACUAAAAAAUCUGAAAUAACAGGAAAAGUAGAAACUCUGUAA